AUUUUUUUGAAUAUUAGUAUUUUUACUAUCUCUAAUUUCAGGAACUCGUAUAAAGGGUACACAGUCUCGUACCGAGAUAGUGAACCCUUGAAAGGUGAGAGCAUUUCCAGUCCUUUUUACGGGCACGGAAUUUACUCCUACCGUCCUGAAGGUUCUAUCUACCUACCUGGACGCAUUAGCCACACAGGAGGCAAGAAUGACGAGGUAAAUACAGCAAACUUUAAAACUCAAUUUUGUCAUUGAGGUCAUGAUGCUAAGACACAAGUAGCAAACACGUAAAUAAACAAACAAAUAAGAAAACAACCAGACACGGUAGUCCCAAGACAUGACACACCGUAGUUAGGGCCGGGGAGGGGAACGUCUUAUAAUGACCUAUAUGGCUCCAAAAGGGGGGCCUUCAGGUAUAUGAAAGGGUGGGAAGUCCAACAGUUGAAGUAUGAAGAAGGGUAGGGAAAUCUGUCAUUUCGGUCUUACUUCGUACUCCAGGAGAGGGUACUCCCUAUAUUAUGGCCUAUACGGGAAGGCUCCGCCCGGAAGGGGGACCUUUUUCAGGCUCCAGGUACAUGAAAGGGUAGCGAGUCCAACAGUUGAAGUAUGUGGAAGGGUGGGGACAUCUGUCAUUUCAGUCAUACUUAGUUCCCGGGGGGGAGGGUACUCCCUACAUUAUGGUCUAAACGGGGAGGCUCCGCCCGGAAAGGGGGACCUUUUUUAGGUGUCAGGUACGUGAAAGGGUGGGGAGUCCAACGGUUGAAGUAUGUGGAAGGAUAGGGACAUCUGUCAUUUCAGUAAUAGUUAGUACCCCAGGGGAGGGUACUCCCUACGUUAUGGUCUAAACGGGGAAACUCCGCCCGGAAAGGAGGAUCUUCUAUAGGCGUCAGGUACGUGAAAGGGUGGGAAGACCAACAGUUGAAGUCUGUGGAAGGGUAGGGCGAGAAAAGGUUCUGGUUUUGUGGUUUAUUCAAAUUUUAAAUAUAGUGCCUUUAUAGUAGUUAAAAGGGAUGCAAUUUUAAACUAAGCAUGUGAAACGGAUAACUUUUGUCAAUAGAAGCUCUACGAAAGGGGUACCUUUUCUGUCACAAACGGUAUAUAAAUGGGUAAGGGGUUGGACCUUCGGGCGGAACCCCCCGUAUAAAACUUUAUUGAGUACCCCCCGGGUAGUUAGGUCGUGUUCUAUCAGGUCUUUUCAGCAGCCGUUCUUGUUUCGUCAGUCAUCACGCAAGCAGGGGGGGGGGAGCGUCACAAGACGUAAUAUGCCUUUUUCGAGUUUCAAAAACUCUCACUUUCAAAACCAGGCUAACUGCAAAACCUUUCUUGUGAAAAUGAAUUUUAUUUGCAUGAAAAUAAAAAGUCAUUGUCGUAUCAAUGGCUUCGCACUUAGCCUCGCUUUGAAACAGAGGCUUGGGGCAACGCGCAAAUGGUCUAUUGGCACUUGGGGCCGAAACAGAUCUUUUUUAUCAAUCAUUUACACUUGUGUAAAGUGUCUUAUUGCCCUGAGUAUUUGUCCCUUUACAUAAUAUAUUUAUCAUAGGAGCAUGCCUAUGAGAACAACGGCGUGGUUUUCAAUGAAAGCGAAACGAAGAGAGACUCGCCCCCGCCAGAGAAAGGACAAGAGGAUGAGAAAGUCAGAGAGAAAACCAGAAAGGAAAAUCCAAUAUUUGAAAACCCUGCAUUCGAAAUCCCUGGGUACGAAAUAUUAGUUAGGUUUGACGACGAUGACUUGGACAGCCAUGACUACCAGAUGUUGGACGCAAUGGUUGCCGGGAAGGAAACAUCAGCGACGAUUUAG